AUUCUAGACAUUUUGUAGGAGACUUCUUCAAUGUUGGUAUGUUUGAAAAACGUAUUCGUCAACUUCCAAUGCCGAACAUCCAUCGUUGCGUUUUGUUUAUGAACGAAAGCGUACAUAACUGGCUCAUUGAAUAUUCAUGAGGGGCUGGAGACGUGAUUGAAUAUUCAUAAACUGACAGACAGACACAGGAGCCGCUCAGACUGAGAGAGAGAGAGAGAGAGAGAGAGAGAGAGAGGCUUGAGUUUACAAACUUUCAGAAACUCCGCGAUCGGACGCAGGAGGAACAAAAAACUCUCCAAACUCCACGCGGGACAACAUGACAAACGCCUUUCUAGCUUUAUGACAACUUUUCGACGACUUACAAACACUUUUCAACUCGGCUGAAACUACUUAAGGACGAAAAACAGGAAAAGUUCCUACAGGAAUUUUUUUUUCCAUCGGCCAUUUUAAUCGAAGUUUGUUUUGACCAUGAGCGGUAAUCCUCUCCAGCCGAUACCGGGCCACCAGGUGAUCCAUGUCGCCAAAGACCUGGACACGGAUCUGGAGGCUCUUUUUAACUCGGUCAUGAACCCGAAACCGAGCUCCUGGAGGAACAAGGAUAUGCCGCAGUCUUUCUUCCAGGAGCCGGACUCGGGCUCCCACUCCCGGCAGUCCAGCGCGGACUCCGGUUCUCUCCCGCCGAGGGUCCACUUUCGCUCGCGCUCAUCUCCGGCGUCCCUACAGCUGCCGGCGGGCUCCGUGAGCGGCCCGAGCCCCGGGAGACUCCACUCCCACACCCGGCACCAGUCCUGCGAUGUGGCCGAGGAGCUGCCGCUGCCCCCUGGGUGGGAGAUGGCCUUCACCCCCAACGGCCAGAAGUACUUUCUCAAUCACAUUGAGAAGAUCACCACAUGGCACGACCCCAGGAAGAGCAUGACGCCCUCGGUGGCCCAGCUGAGCCUCCAUAAUCAGGUCUCCAACACCGCCAGCAUCCAGCAGCGCUCCAUGGCCCUCUCUCAGCCCAACCUGGUGCUGAACCAGCAGGCGCACCAGCAGCAGCAGCAGCACCUCCAGCAGCAGCAGCAGCAGGUCCCAGUGCAAGUCCCGGUGCAGGCCCCUCAGCAGCAGAGCUCUCAGCCCAUGAUGAACCUGAGCGCGCAGCAGCACCAGCAGAAGAUGAGGCUCCAGCGCAUCCAGAUGGAGAGAGAGCGCAUCCAGAGGAGACAGGAGGAGCUCAUGCGACAGGUGGCGCUCCGGCAGCUCCCCAUGGACUCUGAUAAUCUGCCGCCAGUGGCUCCAGCCAUCGGCUCUCCAGCGAUGAGUGCGGGAAACAUGCCCAAUAACAGCGCAGACCCCUUCCUCAACAGUGGGCCGUAUCACUCGCGGGAGCAGAGCACAGACAGUGGACUAGGCCUGGGCUGUUACAGCAUCCCGACCACUCCUGAAGACUUCCUCAACAACAUGGAGGACAUGGACACAGGGGAAAACAUGGUUCCUGUGAGCAUGAACGUCCCACCACAGAGCCGCUUCCCAGACUUCCUGGACUCCAUGCCGGGCACCAACGUGGACCUGGGCACCCUGGAGGGUACAGACCUGAUGCCCAUCCUCAACGACGUAGAGUCGGUCCUGAACAAGAGCGAGCCCUUCCUCACCUGGCUCUAGACUCGCACACACUCACACACUAAAGACUCUUUAUAUAAAUAUAUCUAUUAUAUUAUAUAUUCAAUCAGCCUCUUCCUCUAGUCUCACUACUUUAGCUGUCGGAUUUGUGCUCUCAAAGUCAAAGAACAAAGCCAAAGUGUUUAGCCUGUGAACAAAUAAGCGAGCAUUGGCCAAUCAAACAGCACUGUGUGUUCAUGUGUGUGUGUACUUGUUUAUAUAUCUCAGUGGGGACCUAAAGCUGAAUGCACACAGACUCAUGUGGACUUGUGUCACCGUGGGGACCAAAAUUGAGGUAAACAUGCUUAUAAAUAAGACUGAAUGAAGUGUUUUGAGGAUUUGGUUUGGGUUUAAGGGUGUUGUUGGGGGGAGGGGUGAUGAAAUAUAUGGCUUGUACAGUAGAAACAUCAUUAUGGCUAUGAGAGUCCCCACCAGGAUAUAAGAACAAGGUACAUGUGUGUUUGUGUUUAGAUUGAUCACGCUGAUGUGUGUAUUGCAGCACAGGUAACCCAGAAGAGAGUCCAGCUUUACUGGGUCAGUCUCAUGAAGCCACUCAGUCGUGUAUAACACCCCAUUCACACGGGGUGUCAGCGUCUCCGCUUCCUGUUCACUUUGAUAGGGUUGACAUCAAGCGUUGCCGAAUUGCAUUGUGGAUCAGUCGGCGCCGCUAUAGAGGCGUUGCUUGCUGCAGAAGUUGGGACUUUCUCAACUUUUUCAAGCACUGACAAAAGCGUCAGCCAAUCAGAUCACCGUAUGCAAACACACCAGCUCAGAUAGUGGCCAAUUUCUGAAUAAUUUCAUUGGCUGACGCUGCUAUGCUGAUCGCAACGCCCUCUGUCAAUCGUUGACACUGAAGCCCAGAAUGAAUCGGGCGUAAAAGCUCAUUUACGCCAACGAACAAACACACAACGAUAACAAUUCCUGAGUUACUUUUUUUCUUACAGCAUUAUUAUACAACCCAGGCUCAUUGUUGAAACGUAGCCUCGCCGACGUUUCUGGAGGCCGCGAAUUACGUCCUGGGAGGUACGUAUUUUUGCAGUUUUUGUUUUCGCGAAUCCGCAAGAGGCUGCUGUGCUGCGCUUUUUCGCGUCUUGAACACCUCUCCGGAGCGCGCGCCAUUCACGACUGCGCUGUUCUCGUGCGAAAACCCGCCAGAGGUCGCUGUCGAGCAACCGUCUGUCCGACUGACGGACUGAAUGACGGAACAAUGGACUGGGCAGCCGGCCAAUUGGCCAACCUAGCCACCCCUCUCCUCCUUCCCUAAACCCAAGCAUCAAGAAAAGACGUCCAGAAAAGCAAAGCAAAAGGCCUCGUUCGAAUUUGACUGCGUUUUCAUAUUUCCCCACAUUCUCGCCCCGUCACAAACUCGUGUGCUUUUAUUUUUUGGAUUCUGUUUUUCAUCUUACCUGAUUUCUGGAACUGCUCUUCCCCGAAUUUGAAGCCGGUUGUUGCCGCGGCCGGCUCCUCCUCCUCCGGGCCUCCGCUCUGCCGACGUAACACUGCGAGCUAAGCGGACAAACUGGUUGCAGCGGGAAAGCCCUCCACACAGAGGUGAGCCGUCGCAGCCAGCAAGCCACCACAGCGGCCCAUACACCGCCCCAUAGCGUUCGCUCGAAAAAACGAAAUGUGGCCAUAUGUAACUUUGGCCACGUAAAUCGCGGUCUCCAGAAACGUCCGCGGGGCUACGUUCUCAGAAUGAGCUUGGGUUGUUUAUAUAUGCCACUAUUUUCAACUACAAAUGUAAAAGCUUUUAGUUUACGCAACAGCAGUCAGGUUUCCAUCAGCCUGUGGUAAUUCGCAUUUUAAAGUACUGCACGUGAAUCGAGUAAAAAAAAAUGUUAUAAUUUUCCCCCCAAAAAGUUUUACACUUAUUUGUGCUGGUUUUAGAUUUGUGUGAAAGAGUUAAUGUUAAUACUGUGAGACGGAAACAUAAUAAACUUGUAGCUAAUGUUAGCGACCAAUUAGGGGCGGAUCACACCGAAUAUGCUUUUUUCGUUCUGAAAACGAGAGGCGCACCGCACUGCCUUUAUUUGUUGACAUGAAAAAAAGAAAUGCACUGCGCUUUUUCUGUUGCUAGGCAACCACUGAACCAGAUGCGUAUUGUGCGCGAGAACUGCUGUUGUUGUAAUUGUAAUAUUUAAUAAUAUGUGACGUUUUACAAACUAAUUUCGAAAGGAGCACGUGAUAUGAUUGAUCUCAGCUGGUCUCUAAUCUGUAAUCGUUAGCAAGCCAAUCGAGUUAUUCCAAACUCACUAUACAUAUCCUGUGUAGUAUUACUCCCUGGUUGCGGGAGAUUGGUCUGAAAUUCGGGAUACUCCCAUUAAAAACGGAAGUGUUGGCAGGUGCUUUCCAGUUUAAUAAUGAUUUGACCAGCUGUAGUUAGAAAUCAGACUGUUAUAUCUUCUAAGCGUAAGGGCUUAUUAUGCGGUUCUGUCGCCAUCUUGUGGAUGGAAACGUCAACGUCUUUGGUCUACUCUAUGGCAGGCUAAUGGCCGCCGACAAGCUCUCAGAAAUAGUAAAUAUUUAAAAUAGGCUCUAUUCUUAUAAAUGAGCAUAGUUGCAAUCUAAACAACUACUUUCUCCACUAAAAACGCCUCAAACUGUAGAGCGUCUGUCUGCUUGUUGCUGGCUGUAUGUGGGCGGAGUAAUACACAAAGGUGAAGGGUGAAGAGGCCUUUGUGUGAUGUUACUGGCAAAAUAUUGCACGGCUAUCAGCCAAUCAGAACCAGACAGAACUGUUGUAUAUAUAUAUAUAUAAUGCGAUCAUGAUUUUCGAAAGUAUUACAUCGCUUUGUAAACGUUUAUUAUUAUCAUUAGUUGAGUCUUCCUAUACAGUUUAAUAGAGCGCUUGGCCUUGGAAUCGUGACGUCACACUUAAAAAGCGAAUAACUACAAUACACUACUGCGAAAGCUGUGCUGUUAUACUUAUGUUUGUAUUACGUUCAGUAUAAAUGACUUUUUAUUGUUCGUCUUCAUAAUAUUGUAGACGAUUCCAGACGCAUAGUGUUUACAAAAUACUGCCACCUACUGGCCUGGCAAACAUAUUGCAGUGUUGUUUCUACAGAUCUGUGCGAAGGGCGAUUGUUUGGUCGAUUUUUUUGGUAUGUUGAUGUAAAUAAACGCUGAGUGUGCUUUGCAAUCUUUCGUACAAUAUAUAAACUCGCAGUUCUGAAAAUAAAUCUGGCUCAAGAAUAACAAUAAGACAGAUUUCAGGAUCGUAAUACUUUUGGUCACGCUUAAAUAACGGUCCAUUGGUUAGUGUACUAACAAUGAAUGAUACAGUAUUUAUUCAUCUUUGUUAACACUAGUUAAUAAAAAUAAAGCAUUGUUAGUUCAUGCUAACUCACAUUGUUAGUUUGUGAAAUAAUGUUAAUGAGUGUAAAUGUGGAUUUUAAUAAUGUAUUACUAAACGUUAACGUAAGACCAUCCGACCAUUAUUUUUUAAGUCUGACUACAUUUUUAAAUAAUAGUUAAGCAUUUUUAUUAAAUUUAUUGCUAAGAGAAUCAUCACUGAGAAUUGCAAUCAAAUUCAACAAUCUAAACGUUAUUACCUAAUUUUUCGCCUGUUUUAGUACGCUAAAAAUAUAAACGUAUUUAAGUUGAUUCAGUUAUCCUAUCUUUAUUCCCGACUUUAACCUAGAUCAAGAAUCAUCAAUGUCUCGGUGUGCUCAUGAGAUUGACCCUGCUUUAAUUUCUCACAUUUAUUGCCAAAUCACUAGCAGCAUUGCGUCUGUCGAAAGCUUUACAUUGUGAAUAUGACUCUAUUUCAGAAGCGUUUUUACUGUUAUUCCAGUGUAGUUAUUGUGUGAUGCUCCCGUUUGCGUUCGUAGACAAGCGUUUCAUAUCAUAUAUGUUGUUGUUGUUGUUGUUGUUUUUUAAUGUACUGCUGCAGUAUUCCUAUUUUCUAUUCUGUGCUCUUGACAUCUGGUGCAUUUAAUUAGUUUUGCAGUUGAGUAUUUAUCAAGAGCUACUUUUUAAGUAGAUUGUAGAUUCGUUUCCUUUUUUCAGGAAUAUUAAAUAUCGACGCACUACACGUAUGGAUUCAGCUGAUCGUCAGUCCCUCAGUAUCUUCAGGGAAUAUCUGCAUCAAGUGUUUUCUUAUACCAGAGAUAAUUUUGCAUUGGUUUGGAUGAUUAAUGGGGCUGAAUAUGUUUUUUUUUUAAUUAUUAUUAUUAUUACUGAUUUUAUAACCCCAGCUGCAAUCCAGUUCAAUAUAUAAACAUUUUACGUUUUUUUUUUGGUAGCACUUUACUUGAAGGGGUGUUCAUAAGACGAGGACAUGUUACAAUUUUACAUUUUAGUGGGUAAUUCGUUCAAUCGUGUGAAAAUGUAUGAUUUUUAAAAGGAGGCGUGGCUUCUGUGUCCCCGCCCCUAAUCCCGACUGUCAUUGGGGGAUGAGCAAAUCGUUCAAAAAUGUACGAAAGAGAUCAUACAACUAACACAAAUUAGCCACUAAAUCAAAAGUUACGAACUAGCAUGAGAUAUCGUUGAUAAGACCAUCAUGACACCUUUAUAAUCAUGACAUGACACAUCAUGAAUAUGAAUAGGAUUUUAUUUAUGCUCAUGACAAAUGUUCUGAAAUGUCGUUUGUUGCUUGACAUAAACAAAUGCAGAAUUACCUGUCUUUGUCAAGACAACAUGACAUAAAUACUUCAUAACAUGUCUGUCAUGACAAUGACAUUUUCAUAACCUCUGUCAUGACGACUUGACAUAGACAAAUGCAUUAUAACCUGUCUUUGUCAUGACGACUUGACAUAGACAAAUGCAUUAUAACCUGUCUUUGUCAUGACGACUUGACAUAGACAAGUGCAUUAUAACCUGUCUUUGUCAUAACUUGUCAUAAUGCAUCAUAACCUGUCUUUGACAUUUGACAUAGACAAAUACAUCAUAACCUGCCAUUAUAUUUGUUACUAUUAUAUUUGGCAACUUGACAAACCCAUCGUAACCUCUCUUUGUCAUGACGACAUUAUGGCAUUGACAAAUAAUUCAUAACGUCUUUGUCAUGACAAUGACAUAAAUACUUCAUAACCUCUGUCAUGACGACUUGACAUAGACAAAUACAUCAUAACCUGUCAUUAUGUUUGUUAUGGCAGCUUGACAUAAAUACAUCAUAACCUGUCUUUGUCAUGACGACUUGACAUAAACAAAUACAUCAUAACCUGUCUUUGUCAUAAUGACUUGACAUAAACGCAUCAUAACCUGUCUUUGUCAUAAUGACUUGACAUAAACGCAUCAUAACCUGUCUUUGUCAUGACGACUUGACAUAAACGCAUCAUAACCUGUCUUUGUCAUGACGACUUGACAUAAACGCAUCAUAACCUGUCUUUGUCAUGACGACUUGACAUAAAUGCAUCAUAACCUGUCUUUGUCAUGACGACUUGACAUAUACAAAUGCAUUAUAACCUGUCUUUGUCAUAACGACUUGACAUAAACGCAUCAUAACCUGUCUUUAAAAUUACAAUCUGACAUUGACAAAUACAUCAUAACCUGUCUUUAUAUUUGUUAUGGCAACUUGUCAUAAACAUAUCAUAACCUGUCUUUGUCAUAACGACUUGACAAAUGCAUCAUAACCUGUCUUUGUCUUGUCAACUUGACAUAAACUCAUCAUAAGUCAUAAACAUGUAUGAAGUCUCUUUUUAUGCAUGACCUGUGUCAUGUUUAUGACAGAUUUAUGACAGGUUAUUCACUUCUCAUGACAAAUACAUCUCAAACCAUGUCAUCUUUGCAUUUAAAGUGACGAGACUGAGUCAUAAGCAUGCAUGCAAUCUCAUUUUAUGAACGACCUGUGUCAUGUCAUGAUUAUGAAGCUCUUAUGACAGUCUUAUGAACACCACCUCUUCAGAUAAAGCGUUAUUGUUGUUGUUUUCUUCUUUUUUUCUACACAGGUCUACUUUUUGUAUUGCAUGUGUGAUCUGUUUGAUAUUCAUAGAACACAGGGGGCGUAUAAACCCCCUUAUUUUGUGUACGGUUACUCCAGAAGGGUUGUGAAUUAGGAAGUGUGUUGGUUUGUGGAUCGUGCAGAUGGUUGAGUUUUUAUUUUAGUAAUCGUAGGUCAAACUGAGCUCAUGAUGUCCUCUUAUAUGGAUUGAAUGGUUUAGUUUUGGGUCAGAAAGGGCUGUUCUGAUCUCUCAGAAACACUUGCUUCAGUUUCAGAACGCACCAAGAGGAACGCUGCAAAGAUUUUUGCCUGUUUUCUGUGAUUUAAACUGCUUCUCCAGAACCUUUAUAAUGUGUUAUAAUGGAGUGGAUUAUAAGGCUUCAGUGUGCUGUUGUGUUGUGGGAUGAGAUGAAAUCUGCAUUCAGCUUUUGUACGAUCACUGAAGUCGCUCACAUGCUGGAAAGCUCGGAAAACAAGGAGGAAUAUGACUGUGUACGUGCGAAUCGUGGAUGUAACCUCUGAGAUUAUCUCCCAAAUUGUCAAUAAAAUCAAAAGGAUCAAUAAAAUAGUUUUAUUAGC